GCAUUUCUAUAGAAUAUGAGACCGGUCCAACAUCUCGAAAUACAUCUCGCACUCUUGAGCACUUUAUAAGCACUUCAAACCCGCCAUAUACAACUCCGUACCUACCCUACUGUGCCCUGAGUGAUCAAAGGCGCAUCGCACCGCCCACAGCGCAAUGUCGGACAGCAGGACAACUCUGGUUCGACCACCACCUCAAAACCCCGAACUUUCCGCCAUCGAAAACACCCUUGAGCUGACGGAAUUGAAUGCAAUCGGACCUGAUAUCUUCACCAACACCCGCCCCCUAUGGCACCCCCCCGGAGCGCGUGGCGUCUACGGCGGCGCCGUGAUUGCCCAAUGCCUCGCCGCAGCCCAGCGCACCGUGCCCUCCCACUUCACAAUCCACUCCAUGCACUGCUACUUCGUCCUCGCCGGCGACUCGACCAUCCCCAUCCUUUACCACGUUGAGCACGUUCGGGAGGGCAAGUCCUUCGCCACGCGCACUGUCCAGGCGCGCCAGAGAGGGAAGUGCAUCUUCACUACCACAAUGUCGUUCGCGAGAGAAGGGUCAGGAGGCCGUGAGACGGUGCACCAUGCUGCGUUGAUGCCGGAGGGUAUUAUGGGCCCCGAGCCUGACCUUCCGGGUGAUAAGAGGGAUGGGAGUUCUGGCCCUCCAUUCGAGAGCCAGAGAGUAGCUAUCCUGAAUAACGACGGUGAGCCGAAUGCGAAGAAAACAAGGCAGUGGAUCCGCGCGAGGGGCAAGAUCAGUGAGGCUGGUGGCCACGAGGCUCAUUUGUCCGCUCUGGCGUAUAUGUCUGAUUCGUACUUCAUUGGCACGAUUUCGCGUAUCCACAACCUCUGGCGCUUCCCGACGCCGGGAAGUGCGAUUGCGAAGAAGAUUGAGGCGAAUCCAUUGGCUGCGGAGCAGAUGCGCAGGAAUAAGAUUACGGAGGGCUUUGGGGACGAUUUGGAUAAUCGAACUAAUAGGCCGGAGAUUGGGAUGAUGGUUAGUCUCGAUCAUACUAUUUACUUCCAUGAGCCGAGGAGCUUGAAGGCGGAUGAGUGGAUUUUCACGGAGAUGGAGAGUCCGUGGUCUGGGGAUGGGAGGGGCUUGGUUUUCCAGAAGAUGUGGUCUGCGGAUGGUAGACUAAUUGCAACUUGCAUUCAAGAGGGUGUCGUGAGAUUACGACAGGAUGCCCCUCCAUCUGAAUCUAAGCUUUGAUACCCGCCCAGCUAUAGAUCGGAUAUGUUGUUUACGCAUUAGAUUUCCUACUGUAUCUCUACAUUUACCUACCUACAUACACCAGAUUUCCUUUGGAGCGCAUAUUUACGUUUAAUUUGAACAUUAUACUGUACUUGUUGGUAUUCAAGACAGAGCACUUAGAAAACAUAGUCACUAGAGAAAGGGUCUUCACCCCAAGACAAAAAAACAC